AUGAAGUUCAGCAUCAUUCUGACUACCUUCAUCGCCGCCGCCCUGGCCGCCCCUGCAGCUGAACCCCAGCCCGAGGGCCAGCCCGCGCUCGAGAUCCUCGAGAAGCGCUGCCUUCCUAACGGAGCUGACUGUAUUCGCACACCAAACGAUUGUUGUAGCAAAUCUUGCUAUAUGGACAAGGGUCAGGCUACUUAUCGCUGCUAUCCCUGGUAG